UGAGUGCUUUUUUGACACGUUUGAACAUUGUCGGUGUCGGCGCACCUUAAAAGUUCUUCGGUGGAGUUGUUUCAUUUUUGUAAUUUGACUCCGGCCGUCCACAUCCUUAAGGAAAAUCCUGCAUCCCUGCCCUCGCCUGCUACAGCCCUGCGGAUUUGCUGACGUGUCGGCUCGCUGUGUUCAUCAUGCUGGGACAGUAUCCAGCCACAACAUCGACUGCCAGCAUGGCUGCUGUCGUUUUGAAAUUUUACCUCUUUAUUUUGCUACUUCACACAACGAUAUCCAAAUCAGCGACCGACCGGAGGUUCUCCGACUUCAAGCGAUGUUCCGACGAAGAUUGUAGCAUGCUGCUCUGUCGAGGAAAGGCUGCGCAGGAUUUUAACGGACCCGAUUGUCGGUUUUUGAGUUUUAAAAAGGGAGAGACGAUAUAUGUUUACUAUAAACUGUCCGGAAAGCGCACACAUGCUUGGGCGGGAAGUGUUGGAAGCCGAUUUGGCUAUUUCCCAAAGGACCUGCUAAAAAUUAAUCAUGUUUACACCGAUAAAGAGCUGGAAGUUCCUGCUGAGGAAACAGACUUUGUGUGUUUUGACACCGGAUUGGACAAAUUCGACAGUUACGACCUCGAAGCACUAUUAGGCUCCGGUGUGGUGUCAGCAGAGGGUGACAAUUCCAAAGAGGAAAAACUGGAAAAUGAGGUGAAAGAGGAGAAUGCCGACAGUGCCGAAGAAGACUCAGAGCCGGUGGAUAGUAACGGUGCUGCUGAGGAUUUUGGCUGGGAAACCGAGACAGAGGAGGUGGGUGAGGACCGUGAAGCGGGAUCUACAGACUCCUCUCAGCCGCCUUCUGAAGAGCAGCACCUGAACGAGGACACACAGGGACUGGAAUCUGACACGCAGGCAGAUGAAAGUAUAAAGGAUGACCUGAUUGGAGAUCGCCGUGCCAACGCCUCGGUUUUGGACACUUUGGAGCCGGAGAGCGCCACAGACGUCCCCUUGGAGACACUCGAUGAGCCUCUGCCCAAAGAUGAGGAUGGCGAAAAUACCGCCCAUGUUUCGGAGGGGCAGAAAUCUUCCAAACUGAAAACGACGCUUGGGUCGACCUUUGAUGCAGUCAUCUCAGACGAUGAAAACACAUUUCGGGUUACCCCUUACUAUGGUGAUGAGGAGGAGAAGGAUGAGGAGGAGGAAGGCAAAGAGCCAGAAGACCUGCAAAGCAAGCAAGAGCGUGUGGACAAUCCAAAACCGGCAUUGAUAUCUUUUUCCAAGGAUGAACCUGAGCCAAAACCUGAAAUGGUUCCAGAAACUGAACCGGUUUCAGAACCUUCGGGAGAAGAAGGCAGCCCAAAAGAAUUGGGGCCUGAGGAACAGAAAGCGGAAACGGAAGCUCAAGAAAAAGGAGGCAUGUGGUCAUCUCUCGGUGACAAGGUUUUUGCAAUUGUCAGUGGUGGCGAAAGGACUGAUCACAUGACCAGUUCUGAGGAAGAGGAGGAGGAGGAGGAGGAGGAGGAGGAUGUUGAGAAGGGAACAGAACCAGAACCGGGGAAGCCUGACAAUGAGGAAUUGGAUUCGGUGGAGCUUUCAGCCCCUGACCCCCACGGAGAAGCUGAGGACGUGGUGCAUUCCUCAAAGGAAUUAAUUUUUGAUGAACCUGGGGAAGGUGAUAUUGAGGAGUCUGUCUCUGAUGUGCUUAUCUCUAGUUCAAGCAAAUCUAAACCUGAAGAGAAGGUGGAAGAGGGAAUAUUGUCUGAUGAGGCUGCAGCAGAGGUAGAAGAUGAAGUUGACUUGACUUCUAGCCAGCCUGAUUCUUCAGAACUUCCAGCAGACAAAGAAUCAAUAUCCCUGGAUGAACGUAAGCCUGACUCUCAGGCAAUUCCCAAAGACUCACCUGGAACACUCCCAGGUGGAGAAGCGCCCGUAGAGCCUCAGCAUGAGAACGUGAAACUUGAGUCUUCAACACAGUUGGACGGACCAUCUGAGGAACGUCACACUGAACAAACCCCGAAGGUGUCCGCGGGAGAUAUUCCGCCCGAGGACAGGCGGGGUGGAAAACCUGCGUUUCGGAAUUUGAAUCCAUCAGCAAGUGGAGACGGGAGCGCAGUGGCGGAGCUCGGUCUGGACGCGGAGACCGCGAAACGGGUCCGCCGCGCCAAAGAAGAAAUCAAACAUUUGUUGGAGGACACGCUGAAGAAGGAAAAACUAGAACCACAUCCCCACAAAGAGGAGGAAGAGGAGGAGGAGGAAAAAGAACAAUUUGAAGAUCUGAGGGAGGGUGAAGAGGAAGAGGAGUUACUAGAAGAUGAGAAUGCUGUGCUGUCCUCGCCCAGCUCAGAACAUUUAGACGCCAAAGAGGAGGUCGCAAACAUCGAGGAGGUCACAGACACCGAGGUCACAAACAUGAAGGAGGUCACAGACACCGAGGUCACAAACACGAAGGAGGUCACAGACACCGAGGUCACAAACAUGAAGGAGGUCACAGACAGCGACGCAGAAGCCGAGGAACUCGGGCCCGAAGAACCAGAAACCGACACCGUAUUUGAGGAACCUGAGGAGCCCAAGGCAACGGAUGAUACCCGUGAAACUGAAGAAACGGCUAGCGGUCCAUCGACCGAGGAAGACCUAAAGGUGACUGAAAGGUCAAGGGGGGCGGGAGCCGAAAUGGAUCACAAAUUGGCGAAUCCCGAUGACCCUCACCCGCUCCCUUCGGCGCCUUCCGCAGAACGCCGGGACAAGAAGCCGGAUGGCGGGGACGAGGAGUACAGCGACGACGUGAAGCGGCUCACCCUCCUGAGGAGCCAUUUCCAGGACAAGGACAUGAAGCGUAUUCGCAAGUACCUGGGCCUCAAGCAGCUCAUCCGCCUGGAGGCCAUGUUCUCCGCGCUGGACCAGGAGCUGAGGGCGGCCCGACGGUCGCAGGCCGACCCCAGCGAGGAUGUGGAGGCGGCGCUGGAGGGCAUCUUGGAGGCCUCGGAGAACUCCAUUUUGGACGAGAUCGAGAGGAUGCUGGACGCGCGGGAACCGAAACACGCGCACCCGCAGCAGCCGGAUGCCGCCAUGUUUGACGAGGAGGCGAUGAUCUUGGACAACUUCCAGGAGCUGGCGUUCCGCCUGCGGCAGAACUACUCGACCGCCAGCGACAGUGAGCCGCUCGCCUCAGAGAGUCAGGCUCACGGGGACAAAGAAGAGGAUCAUCCUGAAGUAGAAGAGGACCCUCAGGAGAAGGUUGUCGCCGAGAAUCUUACAUCUGAGAAUCUUAACUCUGAGAAUCUUACCUCUGAGAAUCUUACCUCUGAGAAUCUUACCUCUGAGAAUCUUACCUCUGAGAAUCUUAACUCUGAGAAUCUUAACUCUGAGAAUCUUACCUCUGAGAACCUUACCACUGAGGAUGUUGCCGCUGAGAGCCUUAGCACUGAGGAUGGUGCCGAUGCUGGAGAGGAUGAGACGGAGCAUGUUACUGACCCGCUGGAAGGCCACCUUGACGGUGAGACAGAGCAUGUUAUUGACCCGCUGGAACGCGACCUUGACGGGGUCGUGCACACGCCGGAUAUCGGCUUUGAGGAGGAUGGCGGCCGCUUCAACAAAAAUAAAGAAAACCAAGGGAUUUAUAAAGACACUGAAGAGAUCCAGAAAGGCCCGCAAGCCAUUCUGGAAAAUCCGUUGGAUAUAGGCUUUGGUUUUGAGGUGGAGAGUCCAUCUUCAGGAUCUGUGGAUUCAGCGAGUGUCUCUGAUUUCCAUGAGGAUGAAACCGAGGAGCCUCCCUCUUCGUCCGUCUUUUCAGAGAUCAGAGGCCUUCUCCUGCUGGCUGAGGAGUGCUUUGGAGUAUAUGCAGAGAUGCUCAUCGCGGCGCUGCCGGAGGAGUGGCAGCCGGGCCCCACGUUCCGCGGCCUGCCCUGGAGGGCCGUGGCCAGCACGGCGGCCGUCGGCGUCCUCACCGUCCUGGCCUUCCUGUGGAGAACCGUCCUCGCGGUCAGAAGCAAGACCUAUCAGCUGACAGAAAAGCAGCUCGCUCAGAGGAUUACACAGAUCUGCGAGGAGAAGUCCCAAGCGCUCGCCCAGAUCUCUGAGCUGAAAGAGAAGAUGGUGGCGUGUGAGGCGCAGUUAAAGGAGUCUGAAUCGUCCGCCAGCUCCACAGAGCGCGAGAACACUGAGCUGAAGGAGUCUUUCAGGCGGCUGCAGAAGAAGAGUCGGCAGAGCGGGGAGCAGCUGGAGAGCUUGACCGCCGAGAUGGCGGCUGAGCGGAGGAGGAACCAGGAGCAGAGCCACAUAAUUUCAAAGACGGAGAAGGAAAUAGAAAAGUUGAAACAUAUCGUCAAAGGCACCAAGGAUGAACUUUCAAAGGUCCAGGUGCUCAUGGACGAGGCCAGCAUCAGGGAGGAGGCACUGAAGGCUCAGGUCACCUCCUUCCAGAAGGAGAACAGCGCUCUGAAAGAGAAGAAGAAAAAUCUCCUGCGCGAGGCCAGAGACUGGGAGGACCGGCACAGGGAGCUGAGCGAAAAGAUCAAAGUGCUGCAGCGGGCUCAGAAGGAGCUGGAGGACACCCUGGAGCACAAGGAGAACGAGAUCGAGGUGCUGUCGGACUGCAUCACAGAGCUCAGGCAGCUGGAAGCCUGCGAUGGCGCAGAGCUGCUGAAAGGGGGCGCUCUAGCGCUGGCCAAUGGGGAGGCUGCAGAAAAGAAAGGGGACGCACUGAAAACCAGGAUUAAGCAGAUGCUGGACGUCUCUCGGGUGAAGACCACGCUCUCCAUCGUAGAAGAAGAGCGGAACCGAUACCUGGAGAAACUGCUGGCGGAGGAGAAGCAGAGACACGAUCUCGAAGAGCAAAUCCAGAAGCUGGAGCACGACCGGGCGUCUCUGCAGGGGGAGAAGAGCCAGCUGGAGGGCCAGUUCCACACCAUCCAGCAGAAGCUGGAGAUCAUGAACGAGCUGUACCAGCAGAAGGAGAACGCCCUGCAGCAGAAGCUGACCCAGGAGGAGUUUGAGAGGCGGGAGAAGGAGACGAAGCUGACGGAGGUGGACGGGAAGGCCGUGCUGGCCGAGGAGGAGCUCCGGGCCUACAAGCUCCGCAUCCAGGAGGUCGAGGAGGAGCUGCAGAAAACCGAGCGCUCCUACAAGACCCAGAUUGCAGCUCAUGAAAAGAAGGCUCAUGACAACUGGCUCAACGCCCGUGCUGCUGAGAGAGCUCUGGUGGAGGAGAAGCGGGAGACGGCUAAUCUACGGCAGAAGCUUGUGGAGGUGAACGAUAAACUGGUGGAGUUCCAGCGUCCGCUGUUCAAGCCCACGCCGGGCCGCCCUGACCAGCAGAUCCCCCCCAUGAGGAGAGGAGACUCGUACGGCCCCUCCCCCGUGAGCGGAGGCGCUCCGUCCCCCCCUCUAAUGAUGGAGGGUCCCGGCCGCCCGCCGUCCGCCCCCGUGGGCCGAAGAGCCGAGCCCUUUGGCCGACCCCCCUCGGAGCCCCACGGAAGGUACUCUGAUCUUGGGCACCCGCUGCCUCCCAGACCUGAUGUGUGUGUCCCACGGACGUCCUCUCCCAGCGCCUUGGAUGGAUCGAGGCUGUCAAAAUCGGGCGGUGCGUCGUUCCUGGGCUCUCCCAUUAGGGAUAUCCCCGGCCCAGGACCGACCAGGCUGCCCCCGCCUCCCAUGGGGGGUCCCCACGGCCCGCCCCUAAACGGGCACCUCCCCAUGAUCCCGCCUGGACCCUCUGGAUACGACCCGCGACUCCCUCCACCUCGCCCCGGCCCCUACGGACCCCCCCGCCCCUACGGACCCCUGCCGCCCCCUUACAUCCGGGGCCCACCUCCGCCCAUGAGGGAGUACCCAAUGGGCCCCCCACCGAUGGGACCCCCGUCGAUGGGCCCCCCACCGUUCGGCCCGCAAGACUUUCACCCCGGGAUGAGGGAGCCGCCGCACGGACCCCGGGACUACCCCCUCCCGCCCCGGCCUCUGCCCCCCGGAGCCAGAGACCACACAGGGCCCCUGCCCGGCCCCCCCAUGACCGGCCCCCCCCAUGCCUCCGCACAUGGGGCCGGGGCCCCGGAACAUUCCAGAGGGGCCCCACCAGGGUCCCGACCACCGCAGGGACAGCAUCCCCCCACAGACCGGAGGCCCCCCCAGGGACACGCCCACCACUCCUCUCAACGGGCCCUAAACUCCGCCCCCUGCCCCACCCCUCACCCCCCUCUUUAAAGGGAUGGGGAAAUAUCCUGUUUCUCAGUGGGGAACUGAACUUUUUUUGUUUUGUGUUUUUAAUUCUGACUGGCAAAAAGAGAAAAUAAACUCCAUAUAUCCAUAAAAAAAAGAUGUUAAUAUUAAAUCAUGAGAGAACCAAACGUGUCUUUGUGUCGCCUGGGAUAUCAGCCUUUCGUGAAGAAACGCAGGGGCAGGGGCAGGGUCCCAUCCGCUGCGUUGGGUCCCAUCCUGCCGUAUUGCAGGGGCUGUGUUGGGUCCCAUCCGCUGCAUUGGGUCCCAUCAUGCCGCAUUGCAGGGGCUGUGUUGGGUCCCAUCGUGCAGUAUCACACUGUUACCUGUGUGUGCUGCGCGGAGACCGCCCCUCUGGGCUUUUUAAAGAAACAGACCAGUGAUGAUCUUUAAACGCAAUGCAUUUUUGUGAUUAUGCAAAUAGAAGAUUUCCUGUGGAAAUACUUACUUGAUUUAAAGCGUCUCUGGCUUGGUUUGGAUCAUGUUUAGAAGCAUCUGUCGCUCACCCAAAGCCUGUUGCUUAAUGAAUUGUAAAGGUAAGUUGUUAUAUAAAUGAAUGGUCAGAUGUAUAACUUAUUUUACUAUAUUCUUCAAACAAUUUGUAUUAAUAAAGAUGGUACAGAAAUGAUUCAUUCUGCAGUUAAUAGUAAUGAAGCAUAAAGACAAACAUCCAAAUCUUACAGACCAUAGCUUUGUUUUCUUUGUAUUUUUUGUUUCUUGGGUUUGAUCCAAACAGUUAUUUUUGUAAGAACUUGCUGGAGGAAUAAAAACAGGGAAAAGUUUAACAGCAUGAUGUCACCUUUACUUUGAUGGUGUUGCUUUUCAUCUUAAAUAUUUGUCAAAUAUCAAGUGGUUUAUAUUCCAAAACUUCAGUGCUCCGUCUUUGAUUAUGGAUGGUGAUUGACUUUCUUCUGUCAGACAGUAAAUGCGCUUCAUGAACAGAUGUGUGCAGAUAGGGCUUCAUAAUGUCUGCUGAUCCUUAGUACCAUUCAGCAGUUAAAUUCUUUUGUUUUGGUCCUUAACAGACUAAAAAGUCCACACGGCUUUUUGACACGUUUUACCAACUCUGUGAAGAAGUGCUUUCCUUUUUUCUGAGAGAUGUACUUUGGCCUAAUUUACACUUGUAUCCUCUUUUUUGCCACGUCUUGAUGAAAUUACUUUUUGGGUCACCUGAUUAAUCCCUUUACAAUAUUUUUAAAAUUCGUAAAUUUCAAUGUCAGCCACUGAAUCAGUAGAAAUUUAGUGCCUCAACUCUGCUCAUGAGUCAUUCCUGUGAGACCUAGGACUGCUCUAGUUGCUCCUCUCAGUACUUUAAAUGCAUGUAGUCAGUGUUCAUUUAGGGUCAUCUGCUUUCGUUUGUACCAUGUUUUCUUGCAUUAGGACUUUGACAUCCUCUUCACUUUUUAUCCUGGUCAGCAGCAAAGUUUUCCGACAGGGGUGGGGGGGGGGGGGGUUGAGUCCACAUUGCACCUUUCCUCCCUGUAAAGAUUUUCUUGCCUCAUAUUUUUUUAAAUUGUGAAUGUACAGACCUUUGCAUUUAGUAAUAUUAAAUUUAAUUUGCCUUUACCUGGA